UGUACCCGCGCCUGCUGACACAUACUGUUUACAUGGCAGAAGACGAAGAGGAGAAUGAGCAUAAAAUGGAUCGAAAUUCACGCUACAUUCUGGCUCGAGAUCUUAACUCGGGCCUUCCUUUCGGUUGUCUUCUUAGAACUUGAACAAACAGCGCCUUUUGUGCGAAAGAUCCAUAUUGAUGAGCUUUGGCUGUACAAGAACCCUCGAACACCUUCAUAUGUCCCAACUAACUUGCUGUGGCCUCUGGUAUUCGCUGUUCCAACAUUCGUCAUGUUUGUGUUCUUCCUUGCGAAGCGUAAUAAGACAGACUUUUGCCAGAGCCUCCUCGCCUUCUCCCUCGCACUGGGACUCAAUGGUGUCAUCACAAACAUUAUUAAGCUUGUUGUCGGCCGACCACGUCCAGACUUCUUCUACAGAUGCUUCCCAGAGGGGCAUGUGGACCUUGACCACGUUUCUGAUAUCGGCUCAGCUUGUACUGGUGAAGCAGAUGCCAUUCAGGAAGGACGCAAGAGCUUCCCAAGCGGACAUGCUUCUUUUUCAUUUUGCAGUCUAGGAUUCCUGAGUCUGUGGAUAUGCGGCAAGCUGUGUGUGUUCGGCAGGAAGCGUGGCCAGGGCUGGAGGCUGGUGAUGGGCAUAACUCCCGUGGUAAUGGCUCUCAUGGUGGCUCUUUCUCGGACUAGUGAUUACCAUCAUCAUUGGCAAGAUGUGUUAGUUGGAUCAGUCCUUGGCCUCUUCAUUGCAUAUCUGUGUUACCGCCAAUACUACCCUCGUCUGACCUCCCCCCACUGCCACCUGCCGUACCUGAUGAUUCCCACUGUGACCCGACCAGUGUUACUCAAGGGGGCGCAUGGUGAGGGCUUCUCCAGCCAAGGACCCCUCUUCCUGGACCCUGAAUCCCCCAUGGAAGAACAGGUCAAAUGGAUGUAGACAUGAGGAGGAGAGUGUGUGUGUGUGUGGGGGGGGGGGGUGCAUGUGUGUAUCGUGAGUGAUUUUGUCUCAGGAAGUUGACCUGUUUUACCUUUUGUUUUCCCUCCAUGUAUAGAAUGAAUGUUAUUGUGUGGUUUAGUAGGAAGGCAGCUUAUAGGUAGAAUUGCACCAAUGUGUGACACAUUCCUUAGAAAUUUUGUAAGACAAGAAUGUUUGCUUCAGAAAAGUAGACAGGAAAUAUAUGACUUCUUUUUUAUUAAAUAUUUCUCUCUACCAAAGUUAGGUUUUAAAGGAUUCUUUUACAAGUUGUGCAUAGCUGGGUUAGUGAAGUGCAUAGUUUACAAUAACAUGGGAGACAUUCCAGAAAAGAGGAACAGUUUUUAGCAUAUUUGCUGAUGAAAAAUAGAUGAAUGUACCCUGACCUCAGCUAUGAACAGCUUCCAUUACAGCUAGUAUCAAAUUUUAGGAAGUGUAAUUUGCGAUAAUGUGUAAAGCAAUCAAAACAUAUUAAUUGCAUAUGUAUAUUUGCUCUCCCUCCUCCUCUUAACCCAAUUGUUAUGGAUGGCAAGAAUACAUGCCCUCUGUUAUAUAAGUUUAUUUAUUGUAUUAACACAUAGAUGGCCCUACAAGUGCUU